CACGUUGAUGGUAGUUAUUUGGCUGCUCUGCUAGUACUCAUCUCAAACUCCUCAAGGACGGUAGUUUCACCCACACAAGCAAAUAUAGUGCUUGACCCAGCAGAUACUUAAUAUAUUUUUGUGAGUGAAGAAAUAAUUGGGAUUAAAGACGGGCCUGUCUGAAUUUCCAUUUUAAAAAUAAUUUAGACCCAGAAACAGGCGCUGAUGUUCAUGGAAGCAAAGGUCUGAAUGCACUGCAGGAGGGGAACAAGACUUGUUGGAGGAAGUGUUAGGAGCGAGCACGGGUGUCUCGUCUCUUGGCAAUGAGAGCGAAGUUUUUAAUGGAAGAGGAUCCCAAUCGAUGGAGUCAGGCAGCUGAUCUAUAUAAUGGCAUCAAGCUGAAGCAGUGGUCUUUCUGCACAGCGCUGCUUUGAAAGGGAGAGACUACUAGACCGGAAUAACCAGGAGACUCCACAAGUAGAUCUGCGAUCGUCCCCGGUUGGGGAGCCACAGGAGAGCUCCCGCCAGCCACCUCCCCGAGGCUGGACGCGGAGCUCUGACAGCGGCGGCGGGCCAGCGCCUCUGCUGUGUUUCGGCUGCUGCCUGUCGCCCCGGCUGCCACUGGGCAGAUACCGCAGUGAGGGGCUGAGCGCCUCGCUCCGCAGCCUGCGUUUGGGCUGUGAAUGAGAAGUCCAAGAGAGGAAAGGUGGGGAGCCUUGCAAAUCCCAGCAAGACCUCUCAGAGAAGGAAAGCGAGAGCUUGAGCCAAGAAUCAGGCCAAGUGGAAGGGGAGGAAAUGUCAUCACUGGUGAAGGAGGACUUGCAGAAGAAACUGUUCAAGCCACUCUCGCAGAAUCUGUACGAGUUCAUAGAAAUAGAGUUCUCGGUCCAGGACAGGUAUUACCUCUGUGUGUCAGUGACCAAAAAUGAAGAAGUUAAAAUAAUUAUGGUGAAACACUACAGAAUAGGUUUAGAUGAAAAAUAUGAAGUAACAAAAAAGUGGUCUUUGAAUGAUCUGCAGAUGAUUGAUGGAAAAGAAGCAGAUACUGACAAUCCCUUUUUUGAUCUUCACUUCAAGAAAGUGUACAGUUUAGAAGCAUAUAGUUGUGCUUCUAAAUAUGCCUUUGCUCGAACUGUAAAUAAGCUGAAUCAUGCCUAUCUGAAGAAAGACUUACAGAUUGUGAACUUUGAUUCUACUUAUAUUAACGAUGAUUCUAUUUGGUCCUCCAAUAACAAAGAUUGCUUGGUCCUCAUGAGAAUAUGCUUUUAUGCUUUCAAUCUUGUGUGCUUGUCCCUAUGUCCCUUGCCACUUUGAAGAUAUAUUCUAUAUUCCUUCAUCAGUGCCCUAGAAAAACUAGUUCACCAAGUAAAUACUGAUAGUCAAAAAUUUUUCCCUUCAUCAGUAGUAAUUAUUUAUAUGAAAAUAAAGUGAUACUUUGUGAAUUGCAGUGAAAUGUGUUUUAAUGCUAUCAUUCAACACUUGAGACUUUUUGGUCAGUGUAUUCCAUGGUAAUGUUAGAAGGAGUUGCAUGGUCUUUACCAAAUUAGUGUUCUACUAAAGAGCAUCAAGUGCCUUAAAAGACCUAAAUAUAGGUAAAGAUAUCCUAUGUUCAUAGAUAAGAAGACUUGAUAUUUUCAAGUACUACCUAAAUCAAUCUGCAGAUUCAAUUCAUUAGCUAUCAAAAUUGUUAUGCCUUUAUUGCAGAAAUGGAAAAAAAUCAAGCCUCAAAAUAAAUAUGGAAUUUCAGGGAACUCUGAAUAGCAGAAGAAUCUUAGAAAAGUUGUACAUAGUUAAAGGACUCACACUUUCUACUUCAAAAUUCACUAAAAAGCUAUUGUAAUAAAGUGUAGAUCUGACAUAAGAAUAGACAGAGAUCCAAAGUAUAAAUAAUUUAAAGAGUAAGAGAAAAGAUAGGCAAGUAGAGAGACAGAUCUUCGGUAAAUGAAAAAGGGAUCUUGAGAUGGAAGGAGAGGCAGGGAAGAGAGGGGAAAGACAAUGAAAAGAAGAUAUGUACAUGUAACUACCUCC